AGUGCCCUCCGUAGUGGAGUACAUAAAUUCCAAGCCUCUGUCUGCUAUUCGCUCUGCUAGUGUCACUUUUCAGCUAGGAAGACUGAAUUUUCGCAUUUCAGGCUUACAGACGGUUAAUUGAAAAUUGAUUUUGCAUCCAUCUUUAUGAGAAUUUGAAUCUUAAUUAAUCGGCACCCAUACGGUAUUUUACUAUGGCCACGCGCUGGGGCAUCGCCGGGGCGGGCAGAAUAUCACACGAUUUCGCGGCCUCCGUCAACGUACUGCCAAAAUCGGAGCAUCGGCUCGUGGCCGUGGCGGCGCGAGACCCGAAACGCGCCCAAGAGUUCGCCAAGAGCCACGGCGUAGAGAGCUCCCACGGCAGCUACGAGGAGCUCGCCCGGGACAAAAACGUCGAGAUCGUUUACAUCGGCACGCUGAACACGUCCCACUUCGAGAUCGGCCAAAUGAUGCUGAACGCCGGCAAGCACGUGUUGUGCGAGAAGCCUCUGACGAUGAACCUCGAGCAGACGAAAAAGUUGAUCGAGCUGGCCAGGGCCAAGGGUCUCUUUCUCAUGGAGGCCAUUUGGAGUCGCUGUUUUCCGGCUUACGAGACUCUGCGCCAGGAAUUAGCCAAGGGUACCAUAGGCCAGGUUAGGCAGCUGAGCGUCACCUUCGGGCACGACAUCAGCGCCGUCGAUCGAUUGAAAAUGAAAGCUCUGGGCGGAGGAUCGAUUCUGGACCUGGGCGUGUACGUGAUUCAGCUGGCUUGUCUGGUCUUCGAUCACGAGCGGCCGGUCGAGAUCAAAGCCGCGGGCUACCUCAACGAGGAGGGCGUCGACCUGUCCAUGUCGGCCUCGCUCGUCUACAAGGACGGACGCACGGCCAGCAUCGCCACGCAGACGACCUGCCUCGCGCCCAACGACGCCAGCAUCAUCGGCACCAAGGGCUGGAUAAGCCUGCCGCUCUUCUGGGCGCCGACCGAGAUCGUUUUGCCGGGCGGAGUCCACCAGAGGGUCACCCUGCCCGAGACCAAGCUGCCACUUUUUCACAUCAACAGCGCCGGUCUUCAUUACGAAGCGAUGGAAGUGCGAGAAUGUCUGAAAAAAGGCCUCAAAGAGAGCCCCAAGGUGACUCACGCGCAUUCGUUGCUCAUUGCCGAGAUCGAGGAUGAGCUGCGACGGCAAAUCGGUGUCGUUUACGACCAAGAUAAGUGAAAGAGAUGUUUCAGCGAUGCGAGCAAAACAUUUUCUUAUUAUAUUUUUCAUAUGUAUGAGGUUUUUAAAAAACUGCAAAACUUGGCAAUUAAUAUUCGUAAACAUGUUUUAAUCGCACACGAUUUUUCGUUUUUUGAAUAAAUGACAUUUGAUAUAACAAG